GAAACAAGCGCGCAGCGAGCAGCGCGGAGAGAUAUAUCGAGAGGAGCGGUGGCCUUUGGCAACGGGGUGUUGCGUACUGUAGAGUUCAUCGUGUUCCUGUCCACAGUGCGUGGGUGUACGGGUGCGUGUGGUGUGAGCGAGGUAUACCGUUUCCUUUUGUUGAUUCACGAAAGACACAUCAUGGGCAAAUGGCGGGACAGCAAGCCGAGUCAGAUGGAUUCGCAGCGGGCCCUGCUAGAUGAGCUGAUGGGUGUCAACCGCAACCUCGACAACGAGGAGGGCGUCAUCGAUGACUUCAAGGACGAGCGGGUGUGCAAGGCCUACCUGUGCGGCCUUUGCCCCCACGACCUCUUCAGCAACACGAAGCAAGACCUGGGUGCGUGCGACUACCUACACGACGAGGAGCUCAAGAAGCAAUACGAGGCGGCCGUGGCCAAGGGUGAGGACUACGGCUACGACAAGCACCUGGAGUCCAUCCUGGUCAACCACAUCCAGGAAGUGGACAAGAAGAUUUCGCGUUCGCAGAGACGGCUGGAGGAAGGGGGACAGGGUGCGAUGGCGAUGGACACGGCCUCUCUCCGCAACAACGAGGAGAUCAUGAAGAUCGAGGUCCAGAUGAGCGAGAUCAUGAAGAAUGCUGAGGCGAAGGGCGAGGAGGGAGACGUGGACGAGGCCCAAGAACUGUUCGAGCAGGCGGAGGAGCUGCAGCGCACUAAGGCCGAGUUGGAGGCCAAGGCGCUGCAGGACAGCAUCAUGGAAGCCAGGGCUCAGUCGGCUCCCCUCCACCUCGCCACAUCCAACCCCACCGCGCAAGAGCUGGGGAACGCGACUCAGCAGAAGCUGCGCGUGUGUGACAUCUGCGGCGCGCUGCUGUCCAUCUUCGACUCCAACGACCGUUUGGCGGAGCAUUUCGGCGGCAAGCUUCACAUCGGCUUCGUUGACAUCCGCACGAAGUUGGAAAGCAUCCACAAGGAGAGGGCGGAACGUCUUAAAAAGCGUCAGGAGGAGGACGAGAAGAAUCGUCGAGGAGGCAGGGACAGGGAUGCCGAGAGCCGCAGCAGCAGCAGGAGGGACGGGGACCGCAAGGGUAGGGAUGACAAAGACAGGGACAGAGACAGGAGGAGGGACAGGUCGAGGGAUCGGUCCCGGGACCGGGGCAGAGACCGUUCCAAGGGCCGUUCUCGAGACCGCUCCAAGGGCCGUUCUCGAGACCGCUCCAAGGGCCGUUCUCGAGACCGCUCCAGGGAACGAUCCAGGGAUCGCCGGCACCGUGAAGAUAGCCGCGAGCGGCGCAGGUGAGUUUUUUUUUAUCAAUCUAAUCAUUUGUUCCCCUCGCCAUGUCUGACCAAUCGUUUUUUGGAUAUGCUGUAUGCCGUUGUUGUUGUUGUUGUCGCUGUUUCCUGUUGUCUGUUGGUCUGCUGUCGCGGGUGAUUUUGCUGUUGUCCCUGAGAGGAUGCACGAGCUACCCGAUCGGACGGCAUCAGAUACGAAGAUUCGAAGAUACGAUGCGAUGGAUGUACAGUAAGAAGCUCAACGAGGGAGGAGGGCGAGUCUGGUUGGUGGGACUUGGAGGCGUUUGUUAAGCGUGUGUGUUGAGGUGUCACCUGUACUCAUCAGCAACGGUGACGGCUGCCGUUUCAUCGCCGCCGUGAGGGCCCCUCGAACGGUUGGGGGGGGGGCCAGGGUAGACGUCGCCCCCCGAUGCUCUAUUCAUUUCCGUAGCACUUGCUAUCCGGAGGAAUAUGCCGGGUCUUAUCCUUCCGUGCACACGCCUACGUGAGUACGCCUGCCAAUGGAUGGAGAUCUGGCCGAAUCGGUCAGGACAUGCUGCUCGAAGUCAGAGCACGAAUGGAAAGGAAAAGGAAAAUGGAAGUCGGGGAGGUGUGGAGGGCGGGAUGGCGAUUCAGUCGAUGGAUGAGUUCCAGGUGUGAUCGAUCGGUGAUCGGGGGCGGCGGGGGCGGGUAAGGUAGAGCGGGCCCGUUCUUUUUAUUGCCUCCCGUUGUUGAGACCAUGGACCAACCCACAAUCUUCCAGAAGCCUCCCCCCUCUCCCGAUGUCAAGCAAUAGCCAAGGGCCAUGGAAGUGCUCUCUCGGUUUGUCUUGUUUGACGUGCUGGUGAGGUGUGCGUUGCCUGUUCGCGCGGUGUCUCCCCUCAUGACAGCUCUGACGAACCUCCCGAUACAUGCAUAGCAGCCCGGACGAUGAUGUGAUCCCCUCCGACGUAGCCAGUAGACACGGGGUGAAUCGUUGUCCCACACACUCGGACGACAGCCUACGGCGCACCGUGCGGAGCAAAGUUCGCCGCACUGCCUUGCGUAUGUUGCGCUAUUUUUCGACGAGAGAAGGGUGCUCGCAUGGCGCGUGGUGAGCUUGUCCAACUACAAUACCUUGCCUACUACCACCCCUCGUCACUCCUUGGUCGCGUGCUUCUGCGGCACCCCGAUCCCCUCGCGCGGGCCAGCCGACGGGGAGUGAUUUCUGUUCCGCUGCGGUAGCGCGGGUUGGGCGUGUGUACCAACCAUUCUGCAAGUGCCUGGAGCUCUUGUCCCCGCCGUGUCCCCUCCCCCCCCGGUACACAUACCGUGGACCGCGAGUACCCGAGUACUACAGCAGUACAACCGUGGUAUGGUGUUCUAUCGACAAGUGCUCCAGAGAAGCGAGAGAAAGAGAGCGCUUCGAGAGAGACCACACAGCACGUAUUUGUCACAAAAAAAAAACGAGAGAGAAGCGCACGCAGGUAUUAUGCACCUUCUUUGUUGAAGCGUAUUAUUCCCAAUCUUCUUCGCUUUCUUGUCGGGGACCGUUGUGUGUUGUGGUUGUUGUCGUUGCUGUUAUUUUGGCGGCGACGUUUGGCGUCGCGGCAACUGCGUCAGCUGCGGAGCCGGUGCAUUGCACCGAGCACCAACGAGCCCGCGCGUGCGUGAUUUUUCCCCUCGCAUCACAUUCAUUUACUGGUUUUGAGGCAAUUGCUGCUGCUGAUUUUCAACGAAGGUAGGCAGGCUCCCAUCUGUCUUUCUCUUUGCUGACGGAAGCAAUAGGCGUAGUCAUUGGUACAGAAGAAAUGAUUUUCCCCCGCUCCUCUCCCCGCGCGGCCUUUUCUCUCUACGCCGCCAACACGCCUGCAUUCGGACGGGGAAAACCAUUUCGCGGAAAGGCGGCACGAGGACCGUGACAGAGACAGGGUACUACGGUCCCCGCUGAGGCGCCGGCACGGCAAUGCCUUCCUGCUUCGGUUUUGUUUCUGGCGUUUGUCACCUUCUUUGAUCGUCGUCGUAUGCACGCAGCAGUUGGUUUUCUUUUGCUGAGGGUUGUACGAUUGAUUGCCGCACCCAACACCGUUGGCUGGGAUACGGGAUAUAUUGCAAGGCGCAUCCCACCCGUGUAGCAGAGAGAAGUAGACGUUUUCCGCGGCGGCGAAACUGCUGGGAUUUAUGGCUGCGGUUUGUUGUUCGGAUGCGAUGCGGCUGCCGAGAAGAGGUGCUGCGUAGGGGCUGGAUGAGGUGCGCGCCGGGGCGUGCGUACAAUGCUGCAUGCAGCCAUUGUCACUGUUCGAAGUUUGUUUUAUAGGCAAUUGUUAGACAGCGAAAUGCCGCAGGGAGAAGAAUAGUCAGUCGCCCGGUACUGUAGCGCCCGAUCGACAUGGGUCGUCACACCGUCGUGUUUUCUUUUUUUUCUUCUGGCAUGGAUCGGGCUAUAAUACGUCACCAGCCGACCCCUUUGAAACUCAACAGAGAGUGGAAAUCAGAAAAAUCACAAACUAAAAACACACACACACACACGAUUAAUUGUCGUGAGUAUAUUCGUUGUGUUUGGCCACACUAUGUAACCGGCUGAGAAUGAAGGGCGUCGGGUACGACACUGGCGAUAGUACUAGAUAACAUACACCGCUCGGUCGGAGGGGUAGGGGGCUCGUGGGAGGUAGGACGGAGAGGGGUCCAGGUGUGACCGUACGUGGGUCGGUCAGGGUACAGAGGCUGUGUACAUCUCUUGCUUGAUUUUUUUGCUGGGUGCAUUAAAAAUAUCGUCGCGCACAUGUGGGUUGCUUGUCGAAGUAGUACGUGGCAAGACGUUGUAGGAUCGAGUUUCGCGGGACAAGUGCGAUACAGCGAUGCAGCUAAAUAGCUUUUUGGCGAGAGUGCGUCUGAUUUCGCGUGCAAUGGACAGAACGGAUCAUGGGCAGGCGGCGACACCCAAUGCGUGCGUGCAUGGCUUGCCAAGGUACGGUGCGCGCUUGCGAUUGUGUGGUUCGUUUGUUUAGUUUAGUUCGCCUGGUCUCCUCAGAGGUGCACUGCUGUGGACCGGGAAACGAUGCGCGUUUUGAAGGCCGGAAUAGAGGUCGAUCUUUGUCCUUUGUCGAUUUGGGGCAACCACCAGCUCUCGCCAUGCGCUGGUUCGCCUCCCACCUGCACAAUCUUUGUUGACGCAAUGACAGCAGUAGUCCGUUCGAGAUGAUGACGGCACUGAGUGUUUUUUCAUGCUGUGUACUUGGAUUGAUUUUUUGCGUACAAGCUUGCGUUUGGAAUGGAUUAAAUUUGCUCCGGGGGGGGUAGGCUUAUCUUGUACACCCAUGCCGUAUGUAGGCUUUAGACCAUUGACCUCGC